GUACCAGCAGAAGAACUACAACAUCAGUUGGAUUGCCAUCGCCCGCGACGACAUUCGCGAUAUGAUGGGGAUCUCCGUCAAUCGCAUCAACAACUACAUGAUCGUCGCCACACUUAUUCUGAGUGUGGCUGCAGGCUCGAUCGUCAGCGUUUCUUUCAGCCCGGACUGUCCGGCCUUCGUGUGCUUUGCUUUCUACCUCAGCACCAGCAUCUCAGUGAUUUACUUGAUGUUGUCCAUCAUGUUCGGUGUGAAGGGCCAGAACUCGGCCUUCACAAACACGAUGAAGCUGCUGACCUACCAGGUUCGCCCAGAAAACCCGGCAGAGUACACUCACGACUACAUGAAGCAGGCCCAGUGGGUCGAGCGAAAUGGUCUGGCGGCUCUUUUCCGCAUCCCGGGGAUCAUGCCCUUCUACAACACCGAUGCCCAGAAGGACAAGCUCAAGAGCAUCACAGAGCACAUGGACGACUUCGCCGAGCGAGAAGGUGGAAAGGGCCUGAAAGCACGUGGCAAGAAAAAGAAGAAGCAGGAACACCUUGGGAGUCCCGCGCAUGACCCGGACGACUAUGAUGACGAUGGCGAGAGGGGGGAUUUUGGUAGCAGUCUUGCUGAUGUUCAGCUCCGAGCGCAGAAUCUGUUGCCAGAUGAUCUCGUGAACCUGGAGGAGGCGACACCUCUGGAGCUGGAAGCUUGGGGACACUUGCGCUCAUUCUACCAGUCUGUCUACCAUCUUUCUCUCUCCCUGCUUCCCUCUUGUACAUCUCUGACUCGUUCUGGUACGGUCUCCCGUUGCUCCCUUCGCGCUUCGCCGGUCACUGAGUGA